AAGUUCAGUUCCAUCCAAACUCCUUCAGAAUAUAUUGGGGAGGGGAGGGGAGAGGGGAGCUCAUGUUUUCGUUUGUUUAGCUGGAUUCGCAGGACGUAAGGCAUAAACUGUGGGAUAUCGCGAUGAAAGGAAAGACAUUGAUAAACUUACUCUCCUCAUAGAGAGAGUAAAUAUGAGCUUUGGAUUACAGCGAGUGAAUGGUGACGCACUAGCUUGUUAAUACCUGUACGAUUAAGACGCCGAAGAACCAAGGUAGUCUUACCAUUGUCAUUCGCUCAACCACGAUAUUAGAAGAACCCGUGGGACAAUGUCGUCUUGGUGUCACGUAUUAUGUCAAUGCUGAUUAGCAAAAUAUAUGUUAUUGUCCAAUCUUCGAGGGCAGACAACGCUCGUGUGGGUGUGGAUGCCAGGAAGACUAUUAAAUGCCCGAGCUAUACACACGUAAGGCGUCGUUCGUGUGUGUAUAAACUUACAACACGUAGCCGUCGGAGUUGGGACGGAGCGUUGAGAAUACUCAGGUAGCCAGACGACAACGCGGUUACACGACCUAUUCACCUGAGGCAAAGCGAGAGCAGGGAGCGAGGAAACCGAGAGCCAAGUUCUCUGCGGGAUCAACGGUGAAGAUCUAAACUUUUUAGGCCGACCUGCAUUCCUGAAAAUAUCGCCUCAGAAAUAUCAAUCGGGGUUACUUAUCCCCCUGUUGCACGUGACUUCGGGACGGUUGUAAUAUAUUGAAUACCUAACAGGUCCCCCGAUUGCUGCAACUAUAUUUCCCAUGUAGCCUACAUAAUUUACUCAAGGGGGUAUCCACAACGACUUGCCAGUGAGCAGCGAAGGACAAGCAGACACAUUUUUUUUUAUAUAGAAUUACAAAUUACAACCCGUGAUUGCUACAGGAUCUUAUUGAAGAAUUUACCAGUUGAAUUUACCGACGGGCACAGGGAUAUGCUUUGCAGUGUUAACAGGCGGAAAUAGCAUACAGCAGAAGAAAUGUCUCCGGAUUAUUCAGGUGUGACAUCUUCGCGUUUGUCAUAGGGCGACCUCAUUACGCAGCCAGCUAAGCACUGAAUUGCAUUUCGAUAUCAAAAGUUCGGAUCGCACAGCAGACAAAGAUGGAUGACUUCCAGAACUCUGCUGCCUCGCCGCCAAUCUCCAGAAGCGGGAAAUCAAAGAACAAGAUGCAGCACUGGCAACAGGUGCGUGAGAAAAUUAAGACACAGGCAGAGUCUAUGGAAAGAAAGCUUCGCUCUGAAACAAUGGAGAGAUACAUACGAAAUCACAGGACCACCGCCCACGCCGGGGCACCCUGGGGAGAGGACUUUUAUAAAAUACUCAAAGAGAGAUCCAAGGCCAACAGCGGAGGCCGACAUCGGAUAAAUACAACAUUCAGUUUUAGUGAAAAUAUUUCCGACAGCCAGCUCUCGAAAACGGAAGAAGAGUUUUUCCAUGCGUGUGAGUUUGGAGACAUUCCGCGCGUGCGGCAGUUCCUCACGGAGGAUCUCCCCGACUUUGACCUGACAAGGUCAGACCCUUUAGGGAGAACUCCCCUGCGUCUGGCAGCUGAAAAUGAACACUUGGAGAUCGCUGAACUGCUGAUCAAAAAAGGAUGCACAUACAGAGACAUGUACGACGCAUUGCUCCUAUGUAUUACACUGGGACACCAAGAAAUUGCAGAGACAAUUCUGAAAAACCCAACCUACCUUUACUAUGCUAAACAACAAAACAGUCGGGACGGCUCGCAGUGUGAAAACACAGACAAAAACCACGUGGCAGAACACGCGCAUGCGCCUCGAAGGGUCUCCAACGUGCUCUCGGACGAUUCACAAUUCUCUAUGGAUAUUACACCGCUGAUGCUGGCGGCACAACACAAUCGGUUCGAAAUAGUUCAGUUGUUGUUGAUGCGAGGGGAGAGGAUACAUCGACCACAUCAUUAUUACUGUAAUUGUUGUUCUUGUAAAGAAGGGGCCAAAGAAGACCAAUUGAGAUUCAGAAUACGGAGAUUGGAAAGUUAUCGAUCCUUAGCCAGUGAGGCAUACAUCUCGCUUGCUAGCAGAGAUCCCAUUUUGACGGCAUUUGAGUUAGCCAAGGAGUUGAGAGAAGUGGCGUCUAUGGAAAGACAUUUUAAGAAUGAAUACAAAGAGUUAGCAGACAAGCUAAGCACGUACGUCGUCCGUCUGUUGGACCGCGUGCGGAGCAGUGCCGAGCUGGACCUUGUUCUGAACAAGACCGGAAGAGCGUCCAAGGAACGCUACAGUAAACUCGCCAGGUUCAAAUUGGCAAUUAUAUAUCUAGAAAAGAAGUUCGUGACACAUCCAUUCUGUCAACAGAAACUUACCGGCAUUUGGUACGACGGCGUCCGUGAGAUUUUAGAACACAACAACUGGUUUUACCGCGUGCUGUUCGUAGUGCUCCUUAUCCUGUUGUAUCCCCUGCUGGCCAUUGUCUACAUCUUAGCACCAGACUCCAGGGUGGGAAAGUUCCUGAAGUAUCCCAUAGUCAAAAUGAUAUCCAGCACGACGACCUAUGUCACCUUUCUCACCAUGAUCCUGGUGUUCACGCUGACUGCCAAUCCUGCCAAUGGGCGGAGACUCUCCCACUACCAGCCGCAGUACGACUACUACCUACGCCACAAGAAUGUGUCCGCCACAACGAAGGGUUAUCCGGAUGAUUUUAUACUGCGUUCCCACGUGCCGGAUUCUUUGGAGAUACUCAUUGUUAUAUGGAUUGUGGGCAUGCUGUGGCAGGAGUGUAAGCAGGUCUACCAGUUUGGGAUUCGAGAGUAUCUGUGGUCAUUGUAUAAUAUCCUCGACAGCAGUAUGAUUAUGUGUUAUAUAACCUCCUUCACGUUGAGAUACAUUUGUUAUGAAAAGACAAAAUACGCCAUUGGUUAUUUUGCCUCGGAAGAUAAGUGGUAUCAGUUGGACGUAGGAGAGGUCGAGGCAAGGAACCAGUUCUACUGGCUUAUAGCAGACCGUUAUUUGUGGCAGAAAUACGAUGCAUUCUAUAUCUCCGAGGGAUUGUUUGCUAUAGCCAAUGUGCUGAGUUUCUCUCGUAUAUCUGCCCUGUUACCAGCGAAUUCCACGGUCGGACCAACACAGAUCUCUCUCGGGCGAAUGGUGAAGAGUGUCACCAAGUUCAUGUUCAUCUUCCUGAUGAUGUUCUUGGCGUUCAUGGUUGGCCUUCAGAAUCUGUACUGGUACUUCAAUCCCAGCGUCCGCCUGGAGGUGGAGAUUGAGAAGAGAAACGUCACAACUAAUGCCGAGGGAGGAUUUGGGACAUUCGAGCUGACGUUCCGCACGGUGUUCUGGGCUAUAUUUGGUCUCGGAGAGUCACAGGUGGUCCAGUUGAAUGGAUACGACGCCGUCUUCACGGAGUCCGUGGGUUACAUUAUGUACGGCGUGUACAACCUGACCACUGUGGUAGUACUGCUGACUAUGUUGAUAGCUGUGAUGACCAAGUCCUUUGAGGUGAUACAGCAAGAUGCGGACAUGGAGUGGAAGUUUGCCCGCUCCAAGCUGUUCAUGGAGUACAUAGAGGAUGGCACCACACUUCCGGUUCCUUUCAAUAUUCUUCCAACUCCUAAAUCCAUCAAGCAUUUAGUGCUGUUGUUUAUAGGGCAAAUCAGAGAAAAGUUCUGUAGGGCGGCUGUAGAGAAGGAAGUUCGUGAGGCUUGUACCAUGCCAGUGGAGACGACAUCCGAGGCCUACGACAUGACACCAAGAAUAGAACCAAAACUGAGGAAAAACUUCAACAAAUUCCCCAGUCUGGACGAGGUAGAAAGGGCAGACAGCAACCAGGGGUCCCGGCAGGGGUCAAUACAGGGGGAGGACCAAGCGGAAGCGGACGCGGAUGUGGACGCCGGUGACGUGAGUGACGUCAAGCCUCGUUCUGAUCUGAAGCUAACAUACUCGAAAGUUGUGCGGUCCAUAGUGAAGCGUUAUAUAUUUGAGACUGCUAUGGAGGAUGAUAAAGAAGUGACAAAUGAAGAGUUAAAACAAGACAUCUCAAGCUUCAGAUUUGAAGUCCUCAACAAUUUUAAAGGUCGCAAAGACGGUGAUCGAACUCCCAGCAACAACAACAGCGUCUCUAGCUCUAUCCGGGCACUUCAGAACUCUCUAAACAAGGUCCAAGAUACUCUCCAUUCCAUGGCGGCAGCCAAACCGGUUUCACGACCGAAGUCUAGAUUACUUCAGAGGUCGUUCGCAAUUCCUGAAUUAUCAGAAGAAAUGGAUGACCAAGAUGGGCUCGGAGACUUGGAAGAUGAAAGAACAAUAAUGAACAAGCCGCCAUUUAAGACACGCUCAUUAAGUGAAGGGGAUGUGAAAGUACAUUUCGUUAACGGGACGCCAAGCACGAAACGUGAGGUGUCCACGCAAACGAUAGUUGGCACCACUGAUAGUUCUGCCCAACUUGGCGUGACCUCACAGAGCGUUGCUGUACAGACAGAACCAAUGGGACGCAACGCGGCGAGAGUGUCGUUUAUCCAACUAAGUGACCCAGGCGAAGGCGAUCAAAUAAACACAUCGCAUUUAUCAUUUGUGUGACAGACGAUUUCAUAUUAAAAUCACUAUCUCAUAUACGUUGCAUAACUAUGUAGAUUGUUAUGAAUAUAAGUGGACCAACUACACUUGAAAAUUUCAAAAGUUCAUCAGCCGAGUUUUUUUAAUGCAAUCACUGAAAGCAGUUUUAAAAAUCCAAUCUCACAAAAUGGCCAUAGAGACCAGAAGAGCACCGAAACGUCUUCCAUACCUAUGCUAUGCAAAAUCGCUAACUUGAUAACUACAAUGUUCCAAUUAGUUUGAUAUCAAGCAUUUAUUUUGGACAUGUAUUUGGGUUAAGGCACUCGGACCAUUUGCACCAUGUAUAGGCCUACGUAAGAUUAGCAAACGCCAUUUAACCCGCUUGGAGGUAAUAUAAUUCUAAAACGAAGUCGCACGCAUUUUCUUUAUGUUUUGCUGUUCUGUCCGCUUCAUAGGAAGCGUAUUAUAAAGUCACAGCAGCAUUUCUACUUGUUUUUAGGCGGCUUUUUCAUUGUAAAGUUUAUUGCGUCUCCAUUUCCUCCUGCAGUAUCUUUUUGUCUUGACAGAAAAUUGUUUACGAUCUUCUCCCAUAGGUACACGGGGCGGAUUUAGGCCGUCUUCUGGGUCUUCCGAAAGACGGUCAGAUUUUCAAGUUAACAUUGACAGGUAUCUAUAUUUUACUGUUGGAAGACGGUCAAAAUUGGAGGAUGAAUCAACAAAGAUAAUUUGGAAGUCUGUCAGUAAGUAGCUCUCCAUCCGCCCCAGUACACAUGAUUUGUCUUCUAAGGAUAUCCGAUCUUUACCAUAAGUCCGAGACUUUGGCGGGUUAAUUAAUUGUGGCUUAUGAGCCAAGCAAUUCGCUACUGAUUGUCGUGUACACGUUUUGAUUAUGAAUUUACCUAGCAAUUCUCGUUACGCUACCUCACUUAUAUACAAGGGAUGCACUUUUUUGAAAUAAGAACCGGGUUUAGAAAGUGGUCAGAUAUAACCAGUUUUAGAUUAUGCAAUUUUGGCCCCAUGGUUAAAUGUGAAAUGGUAGAUUGUGUAAUUAGCAUACAUGACGACCCACCUAAAUGUUGAUCCCAUCAUCAUUAUUGAUAUUUUCGUAUCUUGUUAUUGUCAAAGUAGCUGGAUAACAAUUCUUAUUUGAUAACCAAUUAUCAUUUUUUCGAAGAAAGAAACAUUCAUCCAUUUGUCAUUUUAUUCGUUUGUGCAAUAACCCAAAACAUUUGGCACCGAAAAUAAAUAAAAUAUUAUUCACUUCA